AUGGAGGCCGCCUCGGACAAAGAAGCCCUGCAGGAGCUGCGGCAGCACCUGUGCACAGAGACAGAGCCAAGCAAGCUCUACCAGAGCCUCAAGAAACUCUCUUCCCUGCCCAAGCUCUGCGACACCCUGGCGGAGAUGGGCUUCGAGCAGACCAUGAGGCUCUUGAGGAAAGAGCAGCUCCUGGUCCCGUUUGCCAAGGCCUUAGCCGCCAUUUGGUCAGAAAGGUCCCAGUUUGGGCCCCAUCCAGAGCCGGACCCGGGGGACUUUGCCUUCGCCCUGAGCCUGAUGACAUUGCGGCGCAGAAACUGUCCUGGAGACGAGCCCCAGGAGUCCGGGCCAACGGAACACAGACAAGAUGGGACAGAGGUCUUCCAAGAGAGCAGCAGCAGCAGCAGCAGCAGCAGCAGCAGCAGUAAAAUGUCAAGUCCGGGAAGCAGCCAGAGCCCGAGCCCGAGCCUGAGCCCGAGCCCGGGACUUGGAGCGAGCCUAAGACCACACACAAGCCAGAACCGAAAGGCCCCGGGAAGUACACAGGAGCCCUGGGGGCUCCAAGAAGCCCUGCCCAUCUCCAGAAAGUCAGAUGCAGGGGGAAAGACUCCAGGACACGGGAGGGAGGAAGGGCCCUCUGCUGAUUCUUCGGAGGCCUGCCACAAUUCUGACAGCUCUCCUCCUUCCUCUGCUCUGAGGCUGAGGUUGAGACGGAUUAGGUGCAAGAGGGAGGGAAAAAGCACCUGGAGAGCUGAGCAAGUUCUUAGCCCUGGAGCAAAGGAGCCCCAGGGCAAGUCUGAAAGUUGCCCAGAUCCGAAUGACAAUGGCGUCCUGGCGGGGAGCCCUCUUGCACAAGAUGCCUCCAGUCUCCAAGCUGGCUUCCCGCUGGGUGGCCAGGAGUACUCUCCCUUGUACACUGACCAAGACAGCCCCCCUUGGGCGCGCAGGACCCACUUCAAAACGCCAGUCUAUUCGGGUCGUGGGCGAGCCCGGCUCCAGCAGAACUCGCAGCAAGGGCGCCUUGCCGAGCCCCUUGACUGCCCCUGGAAAACUCGCUGCCAAGACACAGCUGAAGAAACUGAGUCCUGGCCGCAAGAAGAGGAGGCCAGUCCCCAGACACUCGAUGCCAAGGCAGCUCACACCCAGACUGAGAGCGCCACAAUCCUCCAGGUGCAGGAGUCCCCUGAGCUGAGGCUGCAAGCCCUGAUAGCCCGCCUCCAAGCAGAGCAAGGCAAGAAGCCUCAAGGCCGCCAAACCAAGAUGAUUGCCACCUUCCAGGCUCCAGCCAGGAACCCAGGCCAGCAGGCAGAGUCUGGACCCGGAGGGGCGGCCUCCUCCGAAAUGAGCAGUCUCCAGGACGCCUCUGCCCAAGACUUGCCACAGAGGGCUCCCUGCCCUUCGUCAAGGGGCAGCAACAAGACCCAGCCUAAGAAGAGACCUGCCCCUCUCAUGGCCAAGGCCAUGAGGGAUUACAAGAAGAGGCUCUCUGGGAGGUGA